UCUGUUGGGAACAAGAUGCUGUCUUUCACUGCUCUUCUGUAUUUAAUUCAUGGACAUUUUCGUAAAUGCUGUAGCGGACCCUAUACAUACCUUGUACACGUUAUAUAUUGAGACGCCACCAGGCUGACAUUUACAUAAAGCCUGAGGAGGGAUUUUGAUGCUCCGCCUCUUACGUCGUCUGACCUGCAGGCCUGUUCCUUGGCAUAAUAUUCGGAACUUGCUUUGCGCAUCUCUCAUGCUGCGCAGCAUCUUUCACUGGACUUCUUAGGACAAUUGACGAAAAAAGGUAGUCAGCACUCCCAAAGCCAGCGCUAUGGAAGAAUGCGCGACCUUAAAUGACCUUCAGAAAUGGGAGCGCCUGGUCGAAGAACAGUCAAGCCUCUUUCGUCUUACACUCACUGACAACCAAACGCUACGCAUUCGGGUCGACGAACUGGAACGAGAACUAUCGGUGUGGAAGCUGGCUUUCAAGGCUGCCGAAGAUGAAAAAUGCAAUCUACAAAAACAAAUGCUCAAGUUAGAGAAAAACAUUGGCUCAUUACGGGAUGAUAACCCGCUUCUCCUCUGCCUCAUUGACGGCGAUGGCAACAUUUUCUCCCAAGACUUACUUGCGUCAGGCCAUACAGGAGGCCGGCAAGCAGCUAUGCUGCUAACCAAAGGGUUAACAGACUAUAUGGUCGAUGUCGAUGCUGGAUCUUCCGGGCGUGGACAAGUUUGGCUGACUGUGUACUGCAAUAAAACCGGCUUGAUGGACACGCUGGUGAACAACGGUAUAUGCAGUGCUUCAGAAUUUGAAGCAUUUGUGCUGGGUUUCAACUCAGCUUCACCGUUAUUCUCUAUCGUGGAUGUGGGUGGGGGAAAAGAAGCAGCAGAUGCGAAGAUUAAAGAAUGUCUUCGUGUUUUCACCCGCUUUCCCCAGACUUCACGUGUAUUCUUCGGAGGUGGGCACGAUAAUGGAUACACUUCCACAUUAAGUACCCUUGAAAACGAGGGCCUGCUGGAAAAAAUUGUCUUACUCCGUGGAUACAAGACUCUCGCCGCUGAGCUUCAACACUUCGAUUUGCCACACCUCGAUAUUGGAGGUGUCUUCAUGACAAAGAAACUUCCCUCGUCUUAUACACACAGGAGGUCGACGCCUCCAGCAGGGUUCGCUCCCCAAGAACAUGACAGACAGAAGAUAAACCCCAAAAAUUUCCUCGUUGGAACGCAGAGUCCAGUCAUUUCUACGAACACAUCCUUCUGCAGAUAUCUUGAUCCUUCUCUGCCACUCAACAAGCAAACUCCACGACCUUGCACAUUUUUCUAUCUGUCCGUGUGCAAGCAAGGUGAUAAGUGCACCUAUGGCCACGAUUACUUUCUUACAGCAGAC